AUGUUGCGAGUCCUUAAGCGAGCUCGGUCAAACAUUGAAGACCGCCUGUCUGACUUGAAUAAACGCCGUCGCCUUGAUGUCUCCUCUUUCAUCUCUACUUUCAGCCAUGCGAUCAUCCUGCGUGCACCCGCCACCAAGCUGAUCGCUCCCCCGCGACAGUCAGCGCCUCGAAAUCUUCCCGACGAUGUCCUCUACACCAUCUUCGACUUCGUCAUCGAAGCACACUUCACCCACCUCGACGCGCUCUUCAAGGUCAAGACCAGCAAGGACCCUGCGCCCCCUCAGAUAGUCCUAGCCUCAGUCUGUCGCCAAUGGCGAAAUGUAGCGCUCGACAUGCGCCGACUCUGGACAGACAUCCCGGCCGGAGCCUCAUCAAUCAACGCAGCCAAUUACCUGGCCAGGUCGGAAGAUUUACCGCUGCGCCUCGGGAUGAACUUCAGCAUGGCUCCUUGGGCCCCACAUCUCGAGCAGCCGGACUUCCGCAAGCAACUUUGCGAUGCUCUCGCUCCCUUUGCUCGGCGCAUUGUACCAACGGGAGGUCGCCGCCCGGAGCGCCUGGUGAAACGCGUGCGCGAACUAGCCAUAAACGUAUCGCCCAACGUGUUCUUGCAGUUCCGUGAGCAGCAGAUAUGGAACAAGCUCUCUUUCCCUGACGUAGAGAAGCUUCACAUCUCCUUGAAGAAGACUGUGCUGGAGGCGGCUCUGGAGAUCAUCUGUGCGGAAAGGUUCGGUUGGUGGCCUAAGGACUGGUACAAUCUCUUGUGGGUGAAUUCGGUUCUGUUCCCCAAACUCCGCCACAUAUCUAUCGACGGCGUAUGGCCCCUGAGCGGGUCCUUGGAAAUACCGUGGGGGCUGGAAUCUCUCGACAUCACACUCAGCGAUGCUACUCAACGCGAAAGGCAGGGCUUGCAGUACACCCCACUCUGGCUACGUGGCUUCGCCGAGAACCCUGACUGGCCCCAUCAUCGUCUCGAACAGCUUUCGAUGGACUUCGGGGACGCGUGCUAUAGCCACGACCAAGAGCACCUUUCCUAUCGCGCCAUGUGUCUGCCCUCUCUGCGCGAGAUACGUCUCACGGCGAAGUCUCUGGACAUACUCUCAGUCAUGUCGAAGAUCAUCGGUCCGGGGGAGCCCCUUCGUCGUGUCGUCAUGUCGCUCUCCUGUACUCCCGAUGCGUCGUUCAAUAAAGCUGCCUUCCGAACCAUGUUCAAUGGCAUCUUCACCGACCAGUUCAGGAACUUCAUGUCGCACGCCGAGACUGAGCUGCGCUCGCUCUGCAUCACCCAUCGCGCCGGGCCCUCGGGACAGACAACCACAACCAUUCUUGCCUCCGCGCAUCCCCUCGACUUGACGGACCCGUUCUCACACAAGCUCGACGCCAACCUACACUUCACCCUCACUUGCGACGCCAGAUCUCGAGACGUCGUCCAGGCCUUCCUCGGCGCGCUCUUCAUGGCGCCUGCCCCGGGCCUCUUCACUAUUGGCAGCGUGGUACAGUCGGCUCUGCACCCCUUCGACACGCUGGCUCUGUUCUCAGACGAUCCUGCGGUAUCAUCGUUCGUCUGUCUGCACGGUGGCAUGGACAGCCUCGCUCGUCUACCGCAUCUGCGUACCCUGGUAUGCGGCGACAGCGCUGCCGAAGGCGUUCUACGCGACUUGUCCGCGAAGCCCUCUCUCUUCGGGAACCUGACGACUCUCCACACUCCAUCUUGGAUCUCGAGCGAAGCCAUGAAGUCUCUCGAUGCUCUACUGCGUCAGCGGAAGGGUUUAGCGCACGUCGCGAUGGAAGAGGAGUGA